UCCGUCGGCCAUCUUGUAAUUUUUAGCGUGGUUUUGGUUGACACAAUGAGAGGACCACAACGAGGACGUAUGGGGCGCGGCAUGGGACGAGGAGGCAUGGGGCCCAUGAGGGGGCCUGGAAUGCGUGCGUUCAUCCCACACAUCCCAUUCGACCUCGCACAAUGUGAGGCGGUAUUCCCGCGCAACAAGCCGGUCACAGACGAGAAAGCUGAGAAGGCCUUCACCGAUGCAUUGCUGAAGAGGAACCAGGACUUGACCCCAAGUCCGACUGAGCAGAGCGCCGUCUUAAACCUGGUGACUAAAAUCAAUGCCGUAAUGGACAAUCUAAUCGUUGCCCCAGGCAAUUUUGAUUCGGCCGUAAGUUUUAAACAAAUCGAGGAAGUACGCCAGGUGGGUUCCCAUAAAAAGGGAACUAUCAUGUCCGGACACAACGUCGCUGAUCUUGUUGUUGUGCUGAAGACUUUACCAACAUUGGAAGCAGUCGCUGCUCUUGGCAAUAAGACCCUAGAAGAACUGAAGAAUGCUGAGCCCCAUGAGGUACUGACCAUGAUGACCAACGAGGGAGGCUUUGAGAUCAGCUCGCCUGAUGCGACUGUCAAAGUCCUCAUCACAACCCUCCACCAGAAUCUCAAGAAGCUGGACCCAGAGCUGCAUUUGGAAAGUAAAAUCAUGCACAGCCAUCUUGCUGCGAUCCGACACGCUCGCUGGGCUGAGGAGAAUGCAUUCCAUUCGAGCGUGAAGGUGCUUAUCAGGCUGCUGAGAGAUGUGAAGACGAGGUUUGAAGGUCUCGAACCCCUCUCACCGUGGAUCAUCGAUCUUUUGUCACACUACUCAGUAAUGAACAACCCAACGCGACAGCCACUGCCAAUCAACCAGGCCUUCCGCCGCAGCCUCCAGCUACUGGCAGCAGGGUUCUUCCUCCCUGGGUCGGCCGGUAUCACCGACCCCUGCGAGAACGGGAACAUCCGCGUCCACACAUCCAUGUCUCUAGAACAACAGGAUCAAGUGUGCUACACAGCGCAGACUCUACUGAGAGUGUUAUCGCAUGGAGGUUACAAGCAUAUCUUGGGUUUGGAGGGCACACCAGCAAUCGCCACAGAGAUGAGUGUGUGGGAGGGUGUUGUGGUUACGCCGUCUGACAAGGCAUACGAAAAGAUUGAGAAGAAAGAAGAUGACGAGGAGAGUGAGGGAGGAGCCGAGGAGUCCAUGGAUACGGCUGAUGUGAAUUAGUACACCAACGUUCUUGGUGUCCAAGGCAACUAAUGAAUUGCUCUGUUACGUUUUGCUGUCUGUUUUCACGACAUGCUCAUCAUCUAUUAACCUCUUGACUAUUGCCAACCGCUUGAGCGGUUGCUAUAAUAAACCUUUCUGUGUAAUGUUUGGUAUGACCUGGCUCGGUUCUACUGGUGUAAAGACCUGGCUCGGUUCUAGUGGUAUGUUGGCAUGUCGUCUGCUACCCACCAACUUGAACUAAGUUGUAUAGAUGGCGCUGCAGUGGCGGCGAAGACAGAGGUUUUGCCAGGUGCACGUGGCUGCACAAUAAUGCCAAAAAAGGCCCCUGUAUGGAGCAGUUGGAACGGCCCAGUAGUCAAGAGGUUAAGUGAGAAAGGUACAGUUUUGAAAUAAAAUGUACGGGCAAAAAUUAAAGAUUUCUGGGUAACAGUAGCACAAGUGGUUGUUAUAAGCCAUAUAGUAAGCUGUCACCUAAGGAUUAAGCGUAAUGAGUUAUUAUAGGCCCCAGAUCCCGUCUGGGGACUAUAUUGAUAUCACUGGAAUUCUCGAAACUGUUAUUUUCUUCCACCAAUACAUUUAUUGCGGUAGUCUAGCAAAACGGCUAAAUAAACCAGAAAUCAAUCACCCUUACACCACCAAACCCAAUUCCAUCUAUGGACUAUCGCAAAAGUAUUAAAAAAAUCCUCAGUAUUUCGAUACUUUUGAAGCAUUUUUUGCUGAGAUGUCGUCUGAUCGUCUUCUCCCAACAUGCCGAAGCUGCGAUUCAAUCUGACAUGCGCUGUGACAUGCGCAGAGGCUAGACGCUGAUACAUUAGCAUAAGCUCCGCCCCGUCAUAAUGACUUCAUUAUUCUCAGGAGUUGGUCGAGCGAUGGGACGAUUCGAUGGAGGUAUUUAUAAAGAAACCCAAUUCGAUUCAUGGACUAUCGCAAAACGAUUUUUCAAAACUCAGAAUAUUUCGAUGCUUUAGAUGCGUUUUUAUGACUCCAGCUCCUCCCUCUGGGAGUUGGAGUCAGUAUUGUUUUCGCUCAGGUUUCUCGUACAAUCACGUGACCUCUCCAACACUCGAUAAUGCACUCUUUUCGUCAAAGUUUUAGGCCAAUCUUCGGCAUGAACAUGAAAUCUAAUAAGCGCAGUACUUAAAUCAGAUGUUUCUCUCGCCUUGAAAACAUUCCUGGGUAAAAUCCAUUGAGAUUAGCCGAGUUAAUCUAUUUUUUCCGUGCUUAAAAUCUCUGCCGCUGAAUUCUAUAAAUAGAAACUAUUAACAUCGCGGCAGUGUGGUUCCCAUUGUGCGUACUCCCACUUCACACCAUGUCAGGAGGUUUUACAGAGAGGGAGGGCGUGCGGUAAGAAGAAUGGCCAAAAUGACGUCACGUUUUCCUGGCAAUGCCUCUUGCCAGACCAGUCAAGCAUUGGGAAAGCAUCUUUAAUUCAGACAACGUUAGAACUAGUUAAUUAAUUUGCAAAAGUAAAAGCAGAUUUCACCACUAACCAGUCAAAUCGGAAUACGACGGCGCAAAAUGUUCUUGCUUUCUACUCUGUUGACAUGACGACUACCUGGGGACUAUCAAAUUUGCUACCAGCAAAUUUCGGAAUUCUAGUUGUAUAUACAACUCCACUUGUUUGCCUUAUGUGUUGUUAUAACUCACCAGUAUGGGCAGGAAAUCCUCUCACACAACUCAAAGCCAUACAUGUAUGUAACUCGAGAGAAUUUUAUUUGCAACACAACCGACACCAACAGAAGUACAACAUCAACUAUCAUACACAAGAGUUGUAACAAGACAUAAGGCAAACAAGUGGAGUUGUAUAUACAAUAGCUAAUUACUCUUAAUCCUAAGGUGACAGCUUACUAUGUGGCUUAUAACAUGUAUAACAACCACUGGCAAAGUGACUGGGGUGGUUCUCGUUCCCUCGGAACACAUCGAAGGAAUGGGGCCCAAUUUUGAAUGACCAUGAAUCUGUCAAGACAGAUUACCAAACUGACCAUGCCUUUUAAGUCUCGGAAACUUUCAGUAAAGCUUUGUAUUGUUUCCAUGGUUGAAAUUACCAUCAUGACAGAAAAUAUAUUUACCAAACAUCUGUAUCGGAUGUGCCCCGGUAUGAGGCGCACACACAGUAGGGGCUGUUCGGAAUUUAUAUUUCGAAGUUUGGGGGAAACGAUCAUGUCGUCAUGCUGCUGGGUUUAAUUUAUUACAAUCCGAAUUGCCUAUUGUGUUCUGUAAAUGUUUUGUGGUAUUUUAUAAAGCUGUGUUCACACUAGCGUUUUAAUACGAAUUGAAUACGAAUUAAAACCUAAAUUCGUAUUAACUGUUCAGACUGAAAUCGUUUUGGAACGAUGCCAAAUCGGUUUAUCGAAAACGGUCCCCGCACCGUAUUGAAUUCGCAUCAGAAUUCGGAUCGCCCGAUACGCAUUCGGUCUGAACAACUCAAUGCGCAUUAACAAGGCUGCCUUCCUGUUCGCAUGCGCAUGAUGUUAGUUCCGUUCCAGCGCAUGGAGAAAGUGUGAUAAAUGGCAAGUCAGGGCACACGCGUUUGUCGAAUAGGGUUUACGACAUGAUGGACCAAAUUUUGGGGAACAGGCCCAUCACCGACCCUGCGCGUGUUAUCGAUACUGCUGCAAUGGCUGCUGGAACCGGUAGGCACACCCCUGUGUCUAGGCGAAGGAUUGAUGAGGGCGCCGGCAACACUCCACCACUGCCGGCGUUGCCGUUCCUCAUCUUGUUGGACAUCCAUCUUCAUGCAUGCUAUGUUGUUGUAGCAGAGACAUUUGCGCCUCCCGAUCAGGAGAGUCGAUUCGUUCUCCUAAUGUUCAAUAGGCGGCGAUACUGGUUAAUGCGCAUUGGCAUGUUGUGUGUGAACACCCCCAAUUAAUGCGAAUUAACGUUGAUUCGUAUUCCGGGGCACGUAUUCCGGAAUGCGCAAUCAAUACGUAUUCAGUGUGAACGCAGCUUCAGAGUCGUGAAGGAAAUGCUUAACCCUUUUGCUAUGGAAACCAUUUUCCGCUUCCACCACUGAGUGAUGAGUUGUGGUGCCGUACUCUAAUAAUGUUCAAAAGUGUUGCCAUCUAUAAUAUUUGGAUCAAACUUAAUGUUAAGAAGGCUGCAGCCCAGUGCUGAUGAUAUAAUACAGUGUUGACGCUAUCUAGCCAGUUGAAGAGUGCCUAUACAAAAGGCCUGGUGCGUGUAAUAGGCCUAUGUAAAACAGCCAACCAAAACCGGGUAAAUAGCAUCUAUACAGUAUUUUUAUUGGUACAUGAGAAUUGAGGGGACAUGUUCCAUGACGUGCUAUGCACGUCAGUCACAGUAAAGGGGUUAAUUUGGUUUACAUAGUUUUAAAGUAUAUUCUUCAUGAAAUUGGAAUUUAAUUUUUAUUUAGCUUUUGUUUUGUAGAAUAACAAUUUCGAUCAUGUAGUUUUCACAUUUGUAUCAAAAUUAUUUUUAUUUUAAGUCCAAAUUCAUCUUUCUUUCCCCUUGUAAUUUACAAUGGACUCUUCUUGACAGUGAUGUUUACUAUGUAUUUGACCGGUCCAUUCUCUGCAAUAGGUGAGAAGGGUCACAUAUCUACUUGUGUCAACCAAUAAUCCUGAGAAUAAAGA